AACUCGGCGUCACGUUGCUGUACAAUAUUGACUUGGAAUAUUACCACAAUUACCGCCCAAGAGUGAUUUUUUCGUCUUGCGGGUGUUUUUGAGUUUUGACCAGAGAAAGGGAAAGUGGGGUUGGCUUGGCUUGGCUUCUCUGUCUGCCAGACCCUAGUUUCUUGAAUCUUGGUUUCUCGAUGUGUUUGUUGUCUAUAGCAGAUGGAGUCAGCAGCGGCAGCAGUACUCAGACCACUAAUUCCACUCUCUUUGAGUGUCACUUUGAAGCUUGAGACAAGGAAAGCUGCUCCUCCCUUGGUACUUUAUUAAAUCUUGAUUGUCUUCUCGAAGACCCUUGAUGGGUGCUUAUUGCCCGAGCCCAAAUCUCUAUCAGCUACGGAUAGAUACAUAAUUGUAGUCUGCUGCGAUCCUUUUUUCCUUUCCGUCAUCAUCAUUGCAGUUUUACUCAUUCUGUAACUUCCCUUCAUUGUUUUUCUCGUGGGAUUGAAAGAGACGCAGACGGGAAUCUUUCUUUCUUCUCGUAGAUCCGACCAGUCGUAUUUAUCUCACUGUCAAAGUACCCUUGUGCGUGUAAUAAGUUUUCUAACAUCUGGAUUGCUGAAGAUUUUGAAAGAAUCACCGCCCACUUGUUUUGUCAACUGGAGGGUUGCUUAAAUGAUUAAUGCUGUAGAGAAGUUUUUAUCAUAAAUUGCAUACAAUGGGUGGGCUUUGCUCAAGAAGGUCCACUGAUGAUGCUGCAUUAGCUGCAGCACUUCCUCAUGUCAAUGGUCAUUUUUCUUACGGACCUGGAAUAGUGUAUAGGUCUCAUGGAUUGGACAUUGGAGAAAACAAUAUCCCAGCUGAUGGGGAAGUUGUAGAGAAGCAGAUUAGAGAGCCAUUUUCAUUUCCGGAGUUGAGCUCUGUUCCUCAUGGGGCAAAUUGGGAUGAUACUCAUGAUGGGAUACCACGGCUAUCUAGAGCUCUUUCGGAUAAAUCCAGAUCGACUAGAUCAAGGCAAGUUGCAAUUGCAAAGGUAUCAGAAAUGAGUUCACUUCUGGGGAGAGCAGGCACUGUUGGGCUUGGAAAAGCAGUUGAUGUGCUGGAUACUCUUGGCAGCAGCAUGACAAAUUUGAACCUUAGUGGCGGUUUUGCAUCUGGGAUAGCUACGAAAGGAAUAAAGAUUGCAAUUUUGGCUUUUGAAGUGGCGAAUACAAUUGUCAAAGGUGCCAAUCUGAUGCACUCCCUUUCAGAUGAAAAUAUUAGGCACUUAAAGGAGGUUGUCCUCCCAUCUGAAGGUGUGCAGCUUUUAAUAUCGAGGGAUAUGGAUGAACUCCUAAGAAUUGCUGCUUCUGACAAGAGGGAUGAAUUAAAAAUCUUCGCUGGUGAAGUUAUUCGGUUCGGAAAUCGCUGCAAGGAUCCUCAAUGGCACAACCUGGACCGUUAUUUUGAGAAGUUGGAGUCGGAAUUCACUCCUCACAAACAAUUGAAAGAAGAAGCAGAAGCUGAUAUGCAUCAAUUGAUGGUGUUGGUACAGAACACUGCUGAACUAUAUCACGAAUUGCAUGCGCUGGAUAGGUUUGAACAGGAUGUUCGGCGUAAAGCUCAAGAAGAGGAUAACACAAAUGCCACACAACGAGGAGAAAGCCUUGCCAUUUUGCGCGUGGAGCUAAAGAGUCAAAAGAAGCAUGUAAAGAGUUUGAAGAAAAAGUCCCUCUGGUCUAGGAUCUUGGAGGAGGUUAUGGAGAAGCUUGUGGACAUUGUCCACUUUCUACAUAUGGAGAUUUAUACCUCAUUCGGUAGCAGUGAAAAUGAGAACACACCCGAAGAAAAGGACCAUCAGAAGUUGGGAUCUGCUGGACUUGCACUACACUAUGCAAAUAUCAUUACCCAGAUUGAUACACUUGUGACUAGAUCGAGUUCCAUGCCGCCGAGUACAAGAGAUUCUCUUUACCAAGGACUGCCUCCUGGUGUGAAGGCAGCUUUGCGCUCCAAGUUACAAUCUUUUCAUCUCGACGAAGAGUUAACUGUUCCUCAAAUCAAAGCCGAAAUGGAGAAGACUCUACAGUGGCUGGUGCCCAUGGCUACCAAUACGACCAAGGCUCACCAUGGAUUCGGUUGGGUUGGAGAAUGGGCGAACACUGGGUCGGAGAUGAACCGCAAACCUACCGGCCCCGCGGACUUGCUCCGGAUUGAGACACUUCAUCACGCAGACAAGGCGAAAACCGAAGCCUGCAUCCUUGAUUUAGUCGUGUGGCUCCAUCAUCUCAUCAGCCAAACGAGGGUUGCAAACGGUGGGAUUAGAUCACCAGUAAAAUCCCCGAUUCGAUCCCCAAACCAGAAGAUGCUUCAACUGAGUCAAAAACCGAGCUCACCAUCGUCAUCCUCAUUGUCUGUCGAAGACCAGGAGAUGCUCCGGGACGUGAGCAAACGAAAACUGACUCCCGGGAUCAGCAAGAGCCAGGAAUUCGACAAGUCGAAGUUGGGGCUGUACAAGCACCACCGGCUGAGCCGGAGCAGCAACCAUUCUCCGACAAGGGAUCCAUUCCCCAUCCGAAGACCAUCCUCUGUCCCUAUCAUUAACUUCGACAUCGAUCGGGUGAAAGCGCUGGACGUAAUCGAUAGAGUCGACUCAAUUUGAAGGAAUCACACGAGCAGUUGUAGAGAAUAAUCCAUCUCUUCAUGCAUGAGGCGUCUGUUGUAUCGGGUAGUUUUGAUCUCCGCCGGCCGCUGGCUGAGAUCAGAGAGUUCGCCGUCGCGGCAGGGGGAUCUUGAAUGUGGAGUUUUGACUUUGUGUAUGAUGUUUUUGGCUGUGAAGCUUCAAGGAAACGGGUGUGCCUGCCUGUGUGGAUGAAGAUUGUCCCAUUAUUUAGCCUCUGUACAGAAUUGAACAUAUGUUUCUUUUUUUCAUUGUCGCUCUUCCCAAUCGUUACAGCUACAAUGAACCAA